AUAAAAUAAUCUAUUUUUAAAUUGAUAUAAAAUAUUUAUUUUAAAACUUAGGAUAUAUUUUUUUUAAUCAAAGAAUUAACGUUAAAAUAAAUAUAUUUGCCAGAGCAUAAAACAUUUUUCAUCUUAUUUAUCAUUAUAGUGAAAUAGUAAUUUAAAUAGCGCAUGUAACGUAAGCCAUUUCGACUUCGCUUGUUUAACCUUGCUUGGAUAUAUAGCCACGUGACAAAAUAUUGAAAUUGAAAUCGCCGAUGUAAGUUGCUGUUUAAUUAUCCAAAAAUGUGCGACAAACUUUUAGAAAAGCAGGGACAGAAUCAUGUCGAGGUUUUCGUUGACGGAUCGUUUAUCACGAGAAAAGACUUUUUACCAUUUAUCGGAGAUUCUCAUUGUGUGCAAGAGACUUCUGCAAACGUACCCCCCUCAAUCGUCUGUCCAAAGGCUAAUUUAUAUUACGCUUUUGCCGAAGAUAUACAUCCGAUGAAAAGGAUUGCCACCGUUUCUAAGCUUUUCGAAAAGGAGGAGCUUUUGCCGCAAGCUUCGUCUCGCAAAGAACUCUCUAAGGAUCAAGAUUCUCAUUUGAAAGACGAAGCUGUAAAUCAUUAUCUUAGAACCGAUCCACCGAGUUUCAUUAUUUUUGGGAAACCUGGAUUAGAUUGUGCCAAUGUGGCAUCAGCAGUAGCUGAAGCUUGGAACUGCGUUUUAAUAUCGUCCAUGUCGCUAAUUCGAGAAGAGAUCGAUGCUAGUACUGACAAAGGUCGAUACAUGGAAAGAAUUCUGCGACUCGGUAGAUCCAUAGGACCAGAAGUUCUUAUGAAUUUGAUACGCUGCAGAGUCAGGAUGAGAGACGUCAGACACAGGGGCUACGUCAUUGGGUGUUUACCGUUUAUUCCUAACGACGUGAGCUUGAAUUAUUCAUCAUGCUUCAGUAAUUCUGUCUUGAAUGCAAAUGACGUUUGCUCAGAAUUUUGCGAAAACGCGGCUGUUGAAUCCUACGAGGUACACGGAGAUAAGGAUUGUAAGAAGCAAUUUGAUCCCGAGCGAGAGAUCUCUCGACAGAUUGAGGAAAUAUUUACCCUAUGGCCGAUUAAACCCUUGACAAUUAUUUAUCUCGUCUGUCCGAAGCAAGACGUCGCGAGUAGAUGUGCGCGUCAGAGCGUAAACUAUUUAACAGGCGAUAUUUUUUAUGAAAACGAAUUUAAGGUAUCCGAAUACGACACCUCGGAAUCGAACACCUCCUACGUCCAAGUUGUAAGUGAAUUCGUCGCGGAUGAUGAUCAAAGAUUUGUGAAGCCAAUAUCCGACGUGACGCGUAAUAUUGAGGCUCAAUGUGAUCUUUACGAGCGAUUGACGUUGCCAGUAAUAGAUAAAUGGAUCCUUUUGCAUAAUCCGCAGCAUGUAGUUCGCGUGGACGGCCGCAGUUCCGUACGACGAAUACUUCAAGUUCUCAAAACUCGUUUGCAUACUUUGGCGUUACUGCCGUCGAUCCUUCCAAGAGAAAUGAUCGGACAGAGCGACGUACGUUUUCCAGAAACACCCCCGGAGAUGAACUUGAACGAUGAUUUCGCGAAAGAAUCUGCUGAAGAGGCUUUUGUGAUUCUCAGCCGGAGAGAAGUCGUGUCUCCCAGAUUCCCCUGGAGACUUUCCGCGUGGAAGUUUUACUGCCCUGUCGAGCUAGCUCAAGGACGAGCUGUUAAGGGACUUUCGAAGCACGCGGUGCGAUUUCUCGAUAAGAUCUUUUUUCUUUCCUCUCGAGAGGCAGAGAACUUGUUCAUCGAAAAUCCGAGAACUUUUUUAUUACCGCCGAAUCCGCGGCCGACCUGCAAGAUAGCGGUGUUUGGACCAAGGUACGCCGGUAAAUCGGAACUUAGCGCAAGAUUAGCAGAGGUUUUCGGCGGGACGGUCGUAAAUGUUGAUGAAAUUGUGAAAGACCUAGUUAAACAACGCGAAAAUUAUGCGUUGUACGAGAAUGCUUUGAAUAUGCGAGCUUCGUUGAAGCCUAUCGAUAUAUCGGUUGAUGAAAAGGCUGACAUUAUUAUUCAAAACAUUAAGCGAAUACCUGAUGAAAAGUUAGAAGAAGAGCUUCGAAGAGAUGGCGGAUACGUUGUCGAUGGAAUGUGCGUGGACGUUGAAGUCUGGCGAAAAAUUGUGGACGAGGCUAAUAUCGUUUUCGAGGACAUUAUCCUUUUGUUCGAAGAAGAGCCGUACGCCUACCUGCUGAGUAAAUUUCGCACUUUUUCUUGUCUUGAUAAUGAUUCUACGGACGAUGCGGAGGCGGAUCGUGAAGAGCAUAGAAUGUUGUAUGAAGACGAGAAAUGGGAGUACCUUGAACAUUUAACGCAAUUCGAAUCGGAGUGGACGAGAUUCGAAGAAGAAAUUCCUGAAUUUAAAGGAAACGUGAUGAAGUGUAAUCUCGCAAAUAUCGAAGAUGUAAUGGAAUACGUGAUAAAUUGUAUUAAACGUCGUUUCGAUGUCGUAACUACCGCUGCGAACGUCGAAGAGAAAGGUAAGAGGAACGAAAUAUUGGAAGAAACAGCAGUCGUGGAAAACGAAGCAAAUUUCGCUGAUAAAAAUGCCGAAGAGAAGCGAGAAGAAAAUCUCACAUACACCAUCGAUCUUGCCACAGCUGAACGACUUCUCGACUGCGGCUACUGUUUCCUCAGUCCCUUCGGUCGAUGUUGUCCCGUACAAGUGUACACCAACGCGAUACCAAUUUCAAUGUUCCUACCGAUGAGAGCUAGCGAUCAGAUUUUUCCAGUCGUACGCUGUUCAUAUAUUUAUUUCCUCGCGGGCAAAGCAGCUCUCUCCGCAUUUCUGAAUGAUCCCCCGAAGUAUCUCGCGCGAGACCUCCGUCCGCCGCUACUUCCGCUUCGAAUCUCCAUCAUCGGACCGCCGAAAUGUGGAAAAGAAACGUUGGCGAAGCGUUUCGCGAAAACGUACGGCAUGAAGGUAAUUACUCGCGGCAAGGCGCUGCGCCACAUUUUGAAAUAUUAUCCUUGGACCGAGACGGCGCGAGUGAUCAAAGAUCAGCUUCGAGCCGGUCAUUCUGCUUCGAUCGAAUCUGUAACGCGCGCCAUCGAAAUGUUCUCUAUAGGACCAUUCGCGGCAACCCAAGGCUACAUUCUCGUCGACUGUCCUUCGAAUCGUAAGGAAGCCGAGCAGUUAAUUAUCUUAGGAAUACAGCCGAUGAUUGUGCUCGAUCUCAAGGCGGACUUGGACUUCUGCCUCGAAUGCCUCUCCUGGAAUGACGAUGACACGAAAACUCCAUUGAAUUUCUCCCCCAGUUUUCUAUCACGACGUUACGAGGAUUGGCAAACGGGUCAGACGAAUUUUCGAGACUGGCUGAAAAAGUUUUCACAGAACGUUGUCGAAUUGGAUGCUACUAAAAGUAAGUGGCACGUGUGGACUCGUGCGGAUCACGCGAUACGUUCGCGAUUCGCCGAUAUCGUGCUCUACUUUCGUGAGGCGGACUUGGACAAGGUUCACAGUCUGAAGCACAUGUGCGUAUCACCCUACGAGUUUCGAUUGCGGCAGAGUCGAUUCGAGUCGUAUUGUCCCGUUUGCUUAUUCCACGACAACACCUUAAAGACCUCCGGUCAAUCGGUGACCAGUCAAGGAAUGAUCCAGUUCAGGAAAUAUUUUUAUUGGAUUUGUUUGCAACAUAUGGACGUCUUCGUUAAGGAUCCGCUGCUCUAUCUUUCACCUGCUACCGCGUCUCUUCUCGACGAACGACCGCGAAUAUUGCGGGAGACAGUCGAUACGGAGCACGCCUGUUGGGCGCAACGUCUCCAAGCCGACGGAUUGUGUUUAGUAACCUACGUUGACGGCCUGCCGGAUCGCACGCUGACACCAGGCAGAAUUGAUUUAGGUGUUAUCCUCAAGGAUAAGGUAUAUCUCUUCUGCAGCGAAGAGUGUCGCGAAAAGUUCCUCGCGCAGCACGGUAAAUAUUCGGUUAUUGCAUUUCCUCGCAAACUCCCGCCGACCGAGGAAGCGCGACCAGGACUUCUGCCUGAUCAGGAUUUCCUGAAACAAACGAUAGCGAAAACGCUGGUCGAGGCGACGAAUCUGGUCGCCGCUCGUCGUCCGAAGAUAUUCGGCCUGUCGACGGCUGUCAGCGCGGCGAUUUACAUCGGCGUUUACUUGAAGACGCACAACGUGACCGAAAAUGCGGCCGAGGUGGAUCUUUACGAGGCCGCGAACAACCGAAUCAUCGAGCAAGACAGAGUUAUAGAAAUCGUUACCGAUACCAUGAAGAGGAGAGUUAAUCCCUACGUAUCCGUGCCAGAAUAUUCCGAUUAAACGUUUCCUCAUAAUUGUCGUGCGUUUAAUUCAUCAUCAUCAUCAAGUCAUAAAUAUCUGUACGUUAUGUCGUUAAUCGCUUUUUCAUCGUUGAGAUUUUAAGCUAUCCGAUUUUCUUUUC